UUGUUCACUUCCAGAGCUCAACAUGGCCAAGCCAAGCCUGGAAGGCGAAAGGUUGACAAGCAAGUGGCUGUAGACGGCCAUUGUCAGAGAGAAAGACGUGAGACGAAAAAGCAGUACCACGCAUUUCCUCCCGAAAAAACCACCGUCGAUGCCAUACACGCCCCUCGCUUUCUACCAGCUAAGCAUCGCGAGAAACAAAGACCGAUACAUCCUCUAGACUCGAAGAAGGCUUUCGUUCGCUCUCCUCUUAUAUGGAGAACACCAAGCCUAUGCAUUACUUCCACUACCAAUUGUUGUUUCAUAGAUACCAUUACAAGAAAUCUCCAGAAGCCGGCUCUAUGGACGCUUCCUUAUGCAGAUGACGUGAUGCUUACCCGCAAAGACAAAAGCGAGUCCGAUCAACAGGUCAAAAAGGCCUGGUACUUGACCACCGAUCCGAGCGAGCCAGGCUCUACCAAAGCAAUGGUACUGAGCUCGCAUGGACAACAACAGUCAAGUACCUUGGAUCGGCAACUGCCUGUGACGGCAGCCUGGGGUUUUUGA